AGUGUGGCGCCGGCACGGUGCACCGCGGCGGCGGUCACCGUUCCAGUCGGGAGCCUCACCGUGCUCGGGUGCACCGCGCCAGUGGCGGACACAUACCGGCCGGCGAGGAACGGUCCACGGCGGGCGCUCAGUGAGAAGCCGCGUGGGACGGGGCGCCGGCGCCGCUCGGGUCUCCCGUGUCUCCCGUGUCUCCUGGUGAGCUCCAGGUGAGCUCCGGUGAGUCUCCGCUCCCCCUGCCUCCCCUGUGCACCCGUAUCUCCCCUGCUCGCCGAGCCGUCCGCGGUCGCCCGCCGGCGACACCGGUUCUGUCGGAGGCCGACGAGUUCACGCCGAGAAAGCGCGACGGAAAUGGUGCGGAACAAGCGAGCGGCGCCGGCAGCGCCGCCGACGGCCGCGCUGUCGCCACCACUCGUCCAGACAGUGCCGUGGAGUGCAGACCGACGCAAGCCUCGCGCACCUCCGCCACCCUCAUCGCCGACGACGAUGCCGACGUCUGUGGAGAAGACGGGCGGCGUGCUGCCGCCGCUGCCGGCACGCGGUACGGCCCGCUUCUGUCUCGGUCCGUACGAGCGGCGCGGAGUCGGCGCGGCGGCUGACUCGGCCGACGGUGGCUCGCUCGGCAUGGACAGCGAGGGCAGCUCGACAGACGUGGGCGUGUGCAUGGACGACUCCGCCAGCGACGCCAGCCAGGAGUCGCUGGUCACGUCUGACUCGGCGGUCAGCUCACCGCCAGCCAGGCGGAUCGGCCGCCGCAGCCCCGGGGCCGGCUCGACGGACGGCGCCGCGAUCUCUCCGGGAGCCACUCAGAAGAGCAGCGGAGCCAGAACCGUGUCCGAAUCUCGGUCUGCCGGUGGAAAGGCGUCGAAAACACAGACGGUGUCCAUCAACUGGACUCCAGCGCCGGCGGAGAAAACGACGAGUCAGGUGAUCUCUGUGAACGGUGAGACAGUGCAAGAGCGGAGGCUGGACAGGAGCGCGGUGAACGUGGUCUCAACGAGCCCUGCUUCUCCGAAGGCCGUGUCUGUGGUUGAGCUGAGCGCCCGAAAGGUGCCUAGUGCGCCAAGCUCACCGGUCCAGGUCUCUGAAGCCAUGGUAUCUCCACUCAGUGACCAGAAGCAGUCUCAGACGGUCAAGGUGUCUGCGACGCCAAAACAUAACAACUCCUCGAAACAGAACUCGCCCUCACCAACCACUUCUCGUGCGUCGUCUGUGGGUUCUUCGACAGUCUUUCUCACCCUCGAGCAGCCGACUACCGUAGGCUCUACGACAGCGAAGAAGUUAUCAUCUUCUUCCAAGACGUCACCGACAUCGUCUCCUUCGCCUACAGCAUCGCCAGCUCCUCCAGCUUCUGCCUCGACUCAGGGAAGCACAUCCACCGUCUUCCUGUCGCCAUCUCAACCAGACUCGAAGUCAGCGUCGGCGCAGAAGUCCAAUGGAACAGCGUCACCAGGCAGCUCUUUUGAAAAGCAACAAACCUCUUCAGCUACUUCACCGUCAUUGGGAGUGAUACCAUCUCAGCAAACCCUACGCAAGACCAAAUCUCCACGAAAGCCACCGGCUCCGCUGCCUCCUGUUAGCCCCUCCCCAGCUCCCUCAGAAUCUCCAGAACCCUCCGUGGACUCCACAUCGACAAACCCAUCGACAGCGCGUGCCGCGCUCCGUCAGCUGCAGAGCCCGGCCCCUGUGCCUCCUCCGCCGAGUCCCGUGCAGACGCGGACCUUCGCCGAGCGGCAGCGCCGGCCGUGCAGCGCGCCGGCCAUGCCACCGCUGCCCGAGCCCGGCUUCCAGUUCCACCUGCGCGAGGCUGCGCCGGGGGGAGAGCAGGGAGAAUCGGCCGACGGGUUCGCCGGCGUGCGGGACUUCCUCGCGCCGGCAGCGCCCAUCCACAGCAGCCGCGGAACGGUGCGCGGCGUCAAGGACCGCGUCCGCGCCGGGAUUGCUACCUUCCUCCAGGACAACUCCACCGCAAAGGCGCUGAAGGUUCGCGAACAGGGCCGGCUGGUGGUCUACGUCACCUCAAUGGGUAUCGUGCGGCCCACCUACCAGCAGUGUCAGCGCGUGCGGCAGAUCCUCCGUCAAUUGAUGGCCGAGUUCGAGGAGCGCGACCUGUUCCUCAGCGUGGACCACCAGCAGGAGCUGCAGCGGCGGCUCGGCGCCGACCGCGUCACCCCGCCACAGGUGUUCAUUGACGGAAAUCUGCUCGGGGGAGCCGAGGUGGUGGAGCGUCUGAAUGAAACCGGAGAGCUGCGCAGGAUGCUCAAACGUUUCAAGAUGGUCGGACCGCCCAGCUCGUGCGGCAAGUGCGGCGGCUUCCGGAUGCUGCCCUGCACCUCGUGUAACGGCUCCAAAAAGUCGUGCCACCGGAACCAUUUCACCGAGCAGUGGGUGGUGCUGCGCUGCGGCGCCUGCGACCAGUCCGGCCUGAUCCGCUGUGACCUCUGCCUCAGCUGACCUGGAGGUCACGGCCGUGACCUCCGCCGAGGGAUGGAGAGAUGAUCAGUGAAUCAAUGCACUGACCUUACCGGACAGGCGUUCGUGUGACCUUUGUUGACCUAAGUGGCCUGUUGGUAGCGUGCUGCUUCCGACGUGGAUGAUGGGUCAGUGAAGACCUCGACAGGACACAAAGGUCAAGUGAAACGUCGGUGACCUGUAUCGAUCAGCUCAACGCCAAGCAGGAAGCAGGCACAUCUCUACCGCCUUAUGCAAUGUAAAGUAGCUGGUCUCCCUUUUGGUCGAGGCGACCACCAGAGGCAAGUCGUCAUUGACUUGCACAUGAACUGUUCAGACCGGUCUAUAACGGACAGUGAUGAGUUUAGAUAGGAGUGAACUCUUCAGUGGUGCUGAAAGAAUUCAGCACACGUAAAACCCUGCAUAUUGUGAUCCAGGUCGUGGUAUGAACUUCAGUGCCACCGAUAAUGUGGAAGAAUAUCUCUCCUUGUUUUUAGGCGAGAAUGUUUCUUUCGACUAGUGCUGAUGCACACGAGGCAAAUGUGUAAGUGUCGCUGGUUCCAUAUACUGUAGGUAGUGUUUAUUUUAUUGGGCUUUGGUUUGCUCGAACUUACCGAAGGAUUGAUUUAGGUGUUGCUAAUUAAUAGGAUUUGUGAUCCAAUUUGAAGCCAAUCAGAGUGACUGUUGUACUUUUGCUAUAUUGCUUCAUGGGGUAAUGUCCUUUCAGUCUUUCUCUCAUCUUCUUUCUUAAAUGUAGUCGCGUAUACCAUGUUAGAGCCCAUCAAUAUGCCUUUCAUGUUUGCAAGUGUUGUCUGAAACGGAACAUGCUUGCUGCCAAGGACCAACGACUGUCUCCGCUAGUGCAAUAGCGGCAUGGCUGACAGGGGAUGCCGCUGAUUAUGUCGAUGAUGUCGUAUAGUUAUGUCUGAGGUGAUGUGAGUUAUACAGUUUGGUGCAGUUAUAUUCUCAUCCCUCCGGUGGGAGCCGGCGGAGAAGGGUUUACGAGACAGUCAGGGAUCAGUCCAGACCGUUCGUAAGGUUGUGGUCGUCCAGGUAUAAUCGAUGACGUCAUAUACACGUUUCAGAAACUGGUUGUGGUUGGAGCGGAGAGCGGCGCCUGGUGAUUGAUGACGUCAUUUGGUGACGUCACUCGGUGAUAGAGGCCGGCUGUCGCAGCUCUGAGAGAUCUGGCCCGUUGUGUUAGAACUUAGAACGUGUGGUCUCUGGGACGGCCGGCCUGUUGUGUUAGUAGAGUGUGGUCUCUGGGACGGCCGUGUGUAUCCCGCUUCAGAGCAUCGCGUUAUUCGGAAUAAAUGGCAAUCAGUAGCG